AUGUCAGCAAGCCUUUUAGGAAAAAAGCGGUCUCUUGAAUCAGAAGAAAAGUCCAUUGCAGCAAGCGAUCACCCGUUCACAUUUGUUCCUCCUCUUUCACCAGGCCAGAAACUCUUUGAUCAACGCUAUCUCAGUGCAUCGUUUUCUCGCGAUCAACGUACCUCUACCACACCUCCACAUCGUGUUCGACGACGACGAUCGAAUAGCUCAUUAAGGCAAUCAGGACCCGUAACAGGAACGACGGCAACGACACAGCCACCAGCAUGGUCGAAUCAACAAUCACGUGCUCAAAGUCGAAUACCGGCUAACUGGGCCAUGUAUAUCCCCAUUGUCUACAAUGCACUCGUCGCGUUACCCAUAUUAUACAUCGUAUUCUUGGUCGUAUGGACUUUUAGUAAUGACUUUCAAAUCAAAUCAGAAGAGCAUCAAGCAGGUGUCUUGCAACAAGUGGCUUCAUGUGCAAAGAACUAUGAGAUCAAUCAAUGUCAUCCUUCAUCCCGUGUACCAGCAUUAGAAGACAAGUGCAAUCAUUGGGAAGCAUGCUUGAAUCGCAAUCCAUCCAUGAUAUCAAGGACUAAGAUAUUUGCCGAAAUCGUUGCAGAGACAUUGAAUAGCUUCGUGGAGCCCAUCUCUUACAAAGCAAUGCUCUUUUUCGGUAUUGUCAUCGUUGGCCUCCUUGUCAUCUCCAAUUUCAAUCUGGCAACAUAUUACAGGAAGCGAUCAAGCAUUCAUUACUAUCAUCAACAACUACAAACAUCAACAACCCCAUCGACAUCCAUUUCUACAACAACACCACCAUCAUAG